GACCACUUGGCACGUGACGAAAAGAUGGCAGCGCCCUGUGGGAGUCGAAUGCGUUGAGGGCGUCGAUGUAGUGUGUGGAUUUCGUGUUUUCAGAGUUUUGUGUGCUCUCUCGCGUAGGAAUAACGUGGAGUACGAGGGGAUGAGGCUUUUCGCGUGCAUUCAUUCAGGAUAAGCCAGCUUCGGCCCCGUGCUUCUCGUAUGGGUUCGGAUCAUUUCCGACCUGUGCUCUUCGGACAUCGCUCGGUCGUUCGAGUUCAAAAGAGUUCUAAAGAUUUCGACAGCUCGUCUUGCUCCGUCACUUUGCUAACUGAGACAAACGACCUUAAAAACAAGACCAUGCCGAGUACCUGCGCCGCUAUUGACUGUGCCAACAGGGGUAGCCGGGACUCGGCGAUCUCGUAUCACAGAUUCCCACUGAAUGAUCCGGAACUCCUGAAGGCGUGGAUGGAGAAAAUGCCUUUUCGAGACUGGACGCCCAGUAGGUGGUCCAAAUUGUGCUCAGUGCACUUUGCAGACAACUGCUUCUACCAGCUGAACAAUAAGACAUACCUCAAGCAAGGAAGUGUGCCAACAGUGUUCAGCUCUCCUGCAAGUAAGAGAAAACGGUCACUUCGGAAGCGAUUAAGAUCGCAAUCUGACCAGGCCUCCCUUCUGUGCCAGCAACUGAAGCAAAGACAUAGGUCUAGUUCUCCGGAAAGGCAGCCUGGAUCAACAACCGAGCAGUCAUCCCCAGGAGAGGCCCAUGCCGCCGCUGGUUCUGGAAGUAGUGUAGAGAUGGUUACUUCCCCCUCUUCGGCUACGACGUCAGAGACUCCCCCUGAAGCUGUGUUCAUGCGACACAACACUUCCUCCGGUGACCACUCGUAUGCAGCUGUGUCCCCACGACUGCAGGGGGUCCUCCUGGCCACGGGGAAGCACGAGCUGCAGGAGGUGAGGAAACUGUUGAAACAGGCUAAGAAGGAGACCAGUCGGAAGAUGGCCAGGAUUAGGAAGCUGAACACGCUGCUCUGUCAACUGAGAUCACAACUUCCUAAGCCAGCAGUUAGAUACUUGACAAUGCAUUCACCAACACAAUGGGCAACCUCCUCCUAAAAAUAGUUAGGCACAACAAAAAUGCAUGUACAGAGGAUGUGCGCAAGUUUUCCCUUGCACUCCAUUUUUACUCAGCAAAGGUGUAAAGCUUUCUGCGGAAGCAUGUCAAGCUACCACACCCAAGCACCCUGUGGAAAUGGGCAGUGGUGGUGGAUGCACAACCAGGAUUCACCCAGCAGUCCUUCGAAAAAGUCGCACAGUAAGCCCAAAAGGGACGUCUUUUCGUCAGCCUCACGGUCGUCGAGAUGGGCAUAAAAAGCCAAACAGACUAGGAUGAUGAAGAGGUUGUCGGGUACUGCGACCUGGGUCACGGCAUCAUCCGCAACGACUGCGUCACCUCUGCAAAGCAUGCACUUGUUAGCCAACAGAAACUGGAACAUCCCCCUGGGCUACGCCCUCAUUGAUGGUCUGGACGGCAACGUUCAUGCCAACCUGGUACGGGAGUAAUCAUCAAACUGAAGGAAGCUGGAGCCGAGUGCAUAAGUGUGACCUUUGACAGGACAAACCACAGCAUUACCAUGCUCACAGUGCUCGGAGUGCACUUUGCUCAGAUGCUGAAGAGGUUGUUCAGCAAUCCAUCGGACCCCACCAGCAGGCUCCACGCUGUCUUGCGACGCCACAUGCUAAAGCUCAUGCGCAACCAGCUGGACGAAAGAGGGUGCAUCAGAGAUGGGGCAGGUAGGGUCGUGGCCUGGCUCUGAACAACCUGCAGCAGCAAGAAGGCCUUCACGUAGCCAAUAGGCUCCGAAAGCAGCACAUGCUUAGACCAUGACCUAAAGGUAGGGAUUCCCCAUUGCAGCACCUCCACUUUUAAUGCCACUUUUCUACCCCAGACCUCCAUUGAUUGGAAUCGCCUUCCCACACAUAUAGUCUCAAUAACUAACACUGUUGAUUUUAAAAAUGUUAUUACCAACUUUUUCUAGAUGUUGCAUAGUGUGUGUUUUUUUGUUGUUGUUUUUUGCCUCGCUUAACUAUGCAUCUUUUAUGUGUUAACCGCCCACUCCCCUCUGUAUUGCUUUCGUGCCCUGAGGGAAUAAUAAAUGAAAUGAAAUUGACUUUGAGAGACAAAAGAUGAAGGUGCCAUUGUCAGCCCAAACCUUGAGCUGGUCCGUCAGCUGUGCCUUGUGUUGAAGCCACUGCUUCAACACCAACUUGUUGCCCCAAAUUCGGGGGAACUGCCCCAUGGAGCGAACCGACGUCAUCAGCUUUGAAACCACGCCAACCAUUGGCCAAAUGUCAACUAAAAUUCCCUUUCCCAAGUGAAGCCGAUUUCUGAUGGAUUAUGCUCCCAUUGGCCGGUGCACGUCAUCAAGGAACGCAGCUCCUAUUGGCUCUUGUUCUUCGUAAUUCCAAAAAAAGCCACCAGAGAAGCCCUCUCCAUGGCGGCGCAGCGCACGCAGCAGCGCGGCCGCCGGUAGGAGGAUGGAGUGGAGGCUGCAGAGCCAACAGAGCCCGUCCGGGCUGAUUCCAGAGAGGUCGCAUGGCCGAGCUCAGCGCGGCGCGGCCACUUCACGAAAGCGCGCGCGCUAGGCCGUCUGCCGGCGAAACGUGGCCGUCCACGCCACUACGCCGCAGACGAACUAAGGAAGCGGAAGAACGACAUUUAUGCUUUCGCAUUCACAACUCGUAAGAAGUGUUUUUUUUUGUGUGUGUUCUUUUGCCGCAGCUCCUCAGACACAUGUAGGUCUGGAAAUAAAGAUUAUUUAUAUUAUUAACUCACGCA